AUGACGGACUAUCGGAUACCGCCGACGAUGAAUCUUUGGACGGACGACAACGCGUCGCUGAUGGAGGCCUUUAUGAGCUCAUCCGAUCUGACGUCGUUUUGGGCGGCGCCAUCGGCCCAGCCCACGCCUCAACCCGCUCACCCCCAAGCCCAGCCUCAGUCGUCAGCCUCCACUUCAGACUACCCGAAGGCGGCUGCUGUCGCGCCAUCUCAGCCGUCCAUCACGCCCUUCAACCAGGAGACCCUCAUGCAGCGCCUCCAGGCCCUCAUCGAAGGCGCCCGCGAGAGCUGGACCUACGCCAUCUUCUGGCAGUCUUCGUACGACUACUCCGGCGGCACCGUUCUCGGCUGGGGUGAAGGGUUUUACAAGGACGAGAGGGACAAAGGCAAGGCUAAGGCCAAAACGACGACGUCCGCCGCCGACCAGGAGUACAGGAAAAAAGUCCUCCGCGAGCUCAACUCCUUGAUUUCCGGGGCCGACACGUCAGCAGACGACGCAGUAGUGGAUCAGGAGGUGACCGAUACCGAGUGGUUCUUCCUGGUCUCGAUGACUCAGUCGUUCGUCCCCGGCAGCGGGCUUCCGGGUCAGGCCUUCUUUCACUCGACCCCGGUCUGGGUUGCUGGACCGGACCGGCUGGCGGCGUCCCCGUGCGAGCGGGCGAGACAGGGCCAGGCGUUUGGGCUGCAGACUCUGGUUUGCGUUCCGACGGCAAAUGGGGUGGUUGAGCUGGGCUCGACGGAGCUCAUCUACCAGAGCUCGGAUCUGACAAACAAAGUCCGGGUUUUGUUCAAUUUCAACAAUUUGGAAGUGGGUUCGUGGCCUAUGGGCGGCGGCGGUGCCGAUCAGGGAGAAAACGACCCGUCGUCGCUCUGGAUUAACGAUCCGUCGUCCACCACCAUCGAAGUCAAGGACCCGGUGAACAUGACUCCCGUUACUUCGGCACCCACCAGCACCAGCACACAGCCCGUCUCGAAGCCAAUUCAGUUCGAAAGCCACCAGCCGAGUUCCAGUAGCUUAUCGGAGAACCCGAGCGCGAUUCAAUUACAACAAUCGCAGCAGCAAGUACAGCAGCAGACGCAAAGCUUCUUCACCAGGGAGCUCAAUUUUUCCGAUUAUGGUUACGACGGGAGCAGCGUGAAGAACUCCAAUUCCAAUUCGUUGAAGCCUGAAUCGGGGGAGAUUUUGAGUUUCGGUGAGAGCAAGAGGAGCUCUUACAGCGCCAAUGGAAAAUUGUUUUCGGGGCACUCCCAAAUUGCCGCCGCCGAGGAUAACAACAGCAAGAAGAAGAGGUCGCCGCCCUCUCGCGGCAGCAACGACGAGGGGAUCUUGUCGUUUAGCUCGGGGGUGAUUUUGCCGUCCAGUGGUGUCGUGAAAUCGGGCGGCGGUGGCGCCGCCGAUUCGGACCACUCCGACCUUGAAGCCUCGGUGGUUCGGGAGACUGAUAGUAGCCGGGUUGUGGACCCAGAAAAACGACCGAGAAAACGGGGUCGUAAACCGGCCAACGGGAGAGAAGAGCCCCUGAACCACGUUGAAGCAGAGAGGCAAAGAAGAGAGAAGCUUAACCAGAGAUUCUAUGCUCUCCGAGCGGUGGUACCAAACGUGUCGAAAAUGGACAAGGCAUCGCUUCUGGGCGAUGCCAUAUCGUAUAUCAACGAGCUGAAGGCGAAGCUGCAGACAGUGGAGAGCGAUAAGGAGGAUUUGCAGAAGCAAUUGGAGUCGAUGAACCAGGACUUGGGUUGUAAAGACUCGAGUUCUCUGUCAGACCAAGACCUCAAAAUGUCUAAACACCAAGCUAGUAGUAAAUUGAUAGACUUGGAUAUUGAUGUGAAGAUAAUCGGAUGGGACGCCAUGAUUCGAAUUCAGUGUUGCAAGAAGAACCACCCUGCAGCCAGAUUAAUGGCUUCUCUCAAAGAGCUUGAUUUGGAUGUACACCAUGCCAGCAUUUCUGUAGUCAAUGAUUUGAUGAUACAACAAGCCACUGUGAAAAUGGGCAGCCGAAUUUACACUCAGGAUCAGCUCAGGUUAGCUCUUUCAUCGAAAAUCGGCGACUCCCGGUAA